AUGGCCGCGGGCCCCGCCAGCCCCGCCGCCGGCCUCCCCGAGGGCCCCUUCGGCUGCCCCAUCUGCCUGGACGCCCUGCGGGACCCGGUCACCGUCCCCUGCGGCCACAACUUCUGCCUGGGCUGCAUCGGCGCGCACCGCCACCACCCGGCGCCGGGGGGCGGCGCCAGGUGCCCCCUGUGCCAGGAGCCCUUCCCGGCCGACCUGCAGCUCCGCAAGAACCACACCCUGGCCGAGCUGCUGCAGCUCCGCCAGCCCGCCGCCAUGGCCCCCGGGGAGGCGCGCGACGACCGCCGGGCCCAGGAGCGCGAGGAGCGCGAGGACGAGGAGGAGUUGGUGCGGUGCGACUUCUGCACGGGGGGCGCGCGCGCGCCGGCCGCCCAGUCCUGCCUGGUGUGCCUGGCCUCCUUCUGCGCCCCGCACCUGCAGCCGCACCUCCAGAGCCCCGCUUUCCAGGGCCACCGGCUGGUGCCGCCCUUGCGGCGCAUCGAGGAGAGCCUCUGCAAGCUGCACCUCAAGCCCUUGGAGGGCUUUUGCCGCACCGACCGCAGCUGCGUCUGCCAGCUGUGCCGGGCCCAGGAGCACCGCAGCCACGAGGUGGUGGCGGUCGAGGUGGAGCGGGAGCACGUGGAGGCUCAGCGACCAAAAAUUCUGAAUAGCGUUGAGAAUCAGAUGGACGAACUUGGAGUCACCAUUUCACAAACCAGGAGGACGGUAGAUCUUAUCAAAGGCACUGCUCAGAAAGAGAAAGAGAAAGUCAGCAAACAAUUUGCGGAGACAGCCAGAGUCCUUGCAGCCUUCCAGAAGGAAGUCCUCGGGUUCAUUGAGGAUGGUGAAAGAGCUAUGCUGAGCGACACAGAGGAAGAGCUGCGGCAAAAGGAAGAGAGACGGGCCAGGCUGAUUGAGUACAGGCAGAACUUGGAGACGGUCCCCAGCACUGAUACCAUCUCUUUCCUGCAGGAGUUCCAGGCACUGAAAAUAGCCGUGGAGGAAAAAAACUUCCCAUCUACAAGCUUCCCCAAAGAGCUGAGCUUUAUCAAAUCCAGCCAGGCCGUGUCUGCCGUGAGGGAGCAGCUAGUGAACAUUUGCAAGAACCAGUGGGAUCAGCUCUCAGGGAAGGGAGACGAAGGGCCUGUAUUUUAUGGGAUGCCAGAACUCCAGCUCUUGGGAGCUCUGGCAGCCUUUAUUUCGGAAAAAAGCAGCAGUCCUGCUUGUUUGGAGUCACGAGACUAUUUCCUCAAAUUUGCAUUCAUCAUUGAUCUGGACAGUGAUACAGCUGAUAAAUUUCUUCAACUUUUUGGAACCAAGGGUGCAAAACGUGUGCUGAAUCCCAUUGCCUACCCUGAGAGCUCAACAAGGUUCAUCAACUGUGAGCAGGUGCUGGGUGAGAAUGUAAUGAACCGUGGCAACUAUUACUGGGAAGUGGAGAUCAUUGACGGCUGGGUGAGCAUUGGUGUCAUUACAGAAGAUUUCAACCCCCGGGAGUCAUAUGACAGGGGCCGCUUGGGUAGGAAUGAGAAGUCCUGCUGUCUACAGUGGAAUGGACAGAACUACGUUGCCUGGUUUGGUGGCUUUGACUGUGUCAUACAACAGCCAUUCUUUCAUACCAUUGGAGUGUACUUGGAGUAUUCAGAGAAAUCGCUGACAUUCUAUGGAGUCAAAGAUUCCAAAACAACGUGCCUGCAGCAGUUUAAAGUCGCCCGCUUUAAAAAGGGCCAUUUUGAUCCCUUCCAGAAUAAGAUCAACCACCAGUUUCCAUCACUGUUUACACACAACCUCAAACCAGCUUUUUUCCUCGAAAGUGUAGAUGCCCAUAUGCAGCUUGGGCCUUUAAAGAAAGACUGCGUUUCAGUGCUGAAGCGACGGUAACUCGCUCAUAACCAGGUAAAGUCCUCAUCGGAGAAGGUUAAACUGAAAUCUGUCACCUUCAUGAGUUAGGAUUGUUAACUUGUCACUCUUAUAACCUUGCUACCUUUGAGCAACUUGAGUAU